AUGACACCAUAUUUCGACGAGAACGCUGUCUUCGUCCAGUUAGGCCUGCCUAGGGCUUAUCUUCUGUAUUUCUGCCUCGCAAAGACAACAAGGAGAAUGAAGGCUAUAUUUUGCGGCAAUCUUGAUUAUGACGCGCGUCAGUCUGAUGUGGAGCGUCUUUUUAGAAGAUAUGGGAGGAUUGAUAGGGUGGAUAUGAAGUCUGGAUUUGCUUUUGUCUAUAUGGAGGAUGACAGAGAUGCUGAGGAUGCCAUCCGUAGGCUUGAUCGAACAGAAUUUGGGAGAAAAGGGCGUCGUCUUCGUGUUGAGUGGACUAAGCAAGAACGUGACAGUAGAAGGUCUGCUGGUUCAAGAAGAUCAUCAACUAACACGAUUCCAUCAAAAACUUUGUUUGUCAUUAAUUUCGAUCCAGUUCAUACCCGUACUAGGGAUCUGGAGAGGCACUUUGAUCCUUAUGGAAAAAUAUUGAGCACAAGGAUUAGGAGAAAUUUUGCAUUUGUUCAGUAUGAAUUACAGGAAGAUGCAACUAAGGCAUUGGAGGCAACUAACAUGAGCAAGCUCAUGGAUCGGGUCAUUUCAGUGGAAUAUGCUGCUCGCGAUGAUGAUGAUAGAAGGAACGGUCACAGUCCUGAAAGAAGAGGCCGUGACAGAUCUCCUGACAGAAAUUACAAUCGUGAACGAUCCCCAAGUCCAUAUCGUAGAGACAGGGGUAGCCCAGAUUAUGGCCAUGGAUCAAAUACAAAUUCCAGACCUGAACCAAGAGGAAAUCAUAAUUAUGAGAAAGUUGAAAGUCCUGGAAAUGAAAGAUACCACAGCCGUUCCCUACCAUCUCGCCCUUCCCCAUCAUCUCGAGAAAGAUCUCCUUCCUGA